AUGAAUGUUAAAGAAAGGAAAAAGUUGAGCAAAAGGGAUGUUAAGAGAGGAAAUGACUUUAAUUGUCAGAAGAGUUCAAAAGGGGAAACAUCCGGCUCGGAUAUAAGGAAGAGUGAUGGAAAGGAAAAAUCCUACUCCUCAUGCUAUAGGUGCAGUAAGAAUCAUCUAGGGAAGUGCUUGGCUGGUACAAAAAAUUGUUAUAGUUGUGGAAAAAGUAGACAUAAUGAGAGGGUCUGUCUGGUAGCUUUUAGGAAAGGGAGGGAUUCCAACAAGGCUCGAUGUGAAGGUGGGAAUUCUCAAUCCAAAUACGGUGGUGGUUUUAGUGGAUCUACUAUUCCCAAGUGUUCUAAGUGUGGGAAAAACCAUAGGGAAGAAUGCUUAGCGGGAUUGGAUGUUUGCUAUAGGAGUGGAAAGCCAGGUCAUUAUGCAAGAGAGUGUAGAAGAGGUACUAGACCCCAGGCUUAG